GCUCUCCUUUCCGUCACUCUGUUGGCACUUUUGUGCUGUUCCGCCCUCGCCAGCUUCCCAUAAUAUUAUGGAGGGGAUGGCUUCCACGGAGGUGCAGGUUUCGGAGGUGCUGGUUCCCAUGGCAAUGGUUUCCACGGAGGUGCUGGUGUCCACGGAGGUGUUAGAUUCCUAGAUGGUGUUGGAUUCCACGGACGCCCUGGAUUCCAUGGCAAUGGCUUCCAUGGAGGUGCUGGUUUCCAUGGUAAUAAUGGAUACUACGGAUACCCAGGAUACGGAAACGUCUACGGUCACGGAGCUGGAUUUGGCGCUCACGGAGCUGGAGCUGGAUUUGGCGCUCACGGAGCUGGAUUCGGACAUGGACUCAGAAAUGGACUCGGACAUGGAUUCGGAAAUGGAUUUGCCGGACGUGGAUUUGAAUCCGACGGACAAGGAUAUUAAGGAAAUGCGGGACUUCUUCACUAAAUCUUCGGCACUGGGUUUCGUUCAGAUGAAAUUAAUAAAUUAACUGGUCGAGUGUAAA